GGAUGCGUCAGCACCUCGGAUGUACCCGAAACAAACCACACAGUCUCUCACAACAUGCCACCACGAUCAAAUUGAAAGAGCUGCAUGAACCACACACACAACUCCCCCUUGAAGUUGCCUGGUCCGCCUCCACUGCCCUCCCUCUCCCUGUCAGUCGAUGCCCAACGACACAAACACUUCAGUCCCCUUGUCGAUUCGCCCCAGCUGCUGCCACGUAAAUUGACAGUCCUGGUCGCCCAGGUGCUCGUUGAAGCCCUUGACCACCCCCUCCGGUGGUAUCCCAUGGCUGACCGCCUCGUCCAGCCGGGCCCGGUGCACCACCUCACGCACUCCCGUCAGCACCACCUGCCCGCCACUGCCACGGACGGCGAAGCACUGCAGCGGCGGCACGGUCACUUUCACGCGCUUGUCGCCCUGCUGCUGGUGUCGCGUCCCGCCCACCACCUCCCUGUUGCUGCUCGUCUGUGUGGCCGCCGACUUGACGAAGUGGGCGACGGCCGCACGCACCCGCCGCCUCAGCACCGACUCGCCGAUGAGGUACUGGUCGAUGGCGGCCACAGCAGCGGGGGGCUCGUGUAGGAACGCGCCGAUCUUCCAGCCGAUGGCCUCUGCCUCGUGUGGGCCGAAUGCCAUGUUGGAUGGGGAGGGGUGGGGGUGGGCGCCGUCGUGGUGGGGGGCGAGGGGCAGCAGACGGGCGAGAAGCAUCGAGUGGUCGCGCUGGGGGGCGAGGGCGCCGUUGAUGGCCGACAUGACGGCCUCGGACAGCUCACUCAGAACUGUGGCAUACUCGGCCAGCACCAGCUGGCGACGACGGCGGUCCUCCUCAGUGGCUGUGGGCACGCGGGCGAUGGAUGGGGCCGCCCCGCCCCGUAGAAGCACACGGAUGGUGGUCUUGUAGUUGCGGAUCCGUCUUGAGCGCCCCUCUUCCAGCUGCUGCAGCUGCUGCUGCUCCUGAUCGAGCUCCUCGGCAGCGACGGCGAUGGGUGUCCGGUUGGGCUGGUUCAGCAGUCCCCUGCUGACAUCGUCAGCCGUGAGCUGGCGGCACAGCCAAUCAGCCACACAGGGAGAGCCCCUGUAUGCGGCCGCCACGUGCAGUGGCGUACUGCCGAAGUUAUCUGUUGCCGUCAUGUCGGCUCCGUGGCUGGUGAUGAGGUUGAGGUACUGGUCGAUGAAUUGCUGGGAGAACGCAGCAUAGCUCCUCGCUGCCUCAUGCACCAGACUGUCUCCAAAGGACCGUUCGGCUGCGAGUGUGCUAUCGCGUUGGAUGAGGCGACGGUACACCGACAUGAGGGCGUCCUCGUACUCACGAGUGGCGGGAGGGGCAUAAUCAGGGAUGUAGGGAAGCCGCAUCACCCUUAAUCCCCGCACGUCGGCCUGCCGCGCCAGGAGGGUAUCCACUGCCGUCAGAUUGCCUGCCUCAAUGGCCACCCUGAUGGGCCUCUCCCGUCCGCCUCCGGCCGCAUUGACGUCCGCCCCGCCGUCGACGAGUGCAUUGAUGAUGUCACGCUGCAGCUCACGGGAGGACCACUGCGGCAGCAGCACGGGCACCCCUUGGUCAACACCGCUGUUUGCGUAGAGGAAUGGGCGGUUUGUUGGGCGGUCGAUAACGAAACACAGGCAGCUGUAUCGCCAGUUAGGGUUUAUCCCUGAGAUGCCGCGGACGCGCAGGCUGCCGAUGGCUCCCGGGUCGGCCCCUUGACGGAUGAGCCGUGUGACCUCGGCCUCCGUGAAUGUGCGCCGAACGCAGCCCUCCAACAGCUGCCGAUCCACACGACUGACGCUCCUACCAGGGACGAAGUCACGGAUGAUCUCGACAUCGUCCAGCCGCCUGCAGCCGAGCGGCAGCGGUGCAGCAUGAGGUGCUUGGGAUGCGGCGGACGACGAGUGGGCCAUCACGCUGAGUCACACACACCUGCAUACACACGGGAACGCACAGUCAAUCAGCAGCAUUCCCUCUCCCAACGCUGCUGGGCACCUGUGCCCUGGUCGGUCAGUCGACGGCCGCCACUCACUCAGUCGCACUCAGGGCCCUGCAUGCAUCACAGAAAAGCACAGUCACCCUUGCCGCCCGCGAGUGGUCAGACUCUGUGCACGUCCAUACCUCAGCCAUGAAAAGGUGACUUGAGUCCAGAAGAGAGCCGAUGCCUCGUAGCAACGAAGCCUUCCCAAAGCUCUUCUCCUCUUCACCUCGGGCGCUGCGCUCCUGCUCCCGCCACCAAUUGCGAGCUUGAAAGUGGGCAAGGCUGAGCAGAGGGGCUG